UUAGCCCAUUUCAGUGUAAUGAUAUGUCAAUGGCAAUAAAUAUCUUGACUCUUGACUUUUGACUCGAAGGGGCCAACUAGCGCAUGCGCACUACGCCUACGUCCCUCUGCGCAUUCUGACGUCAUGGCAACACAGAAGCGGUACAAGAUUUAGCUGUACUACAGCUUGCAGAUAGACUAGUGCUACCGGCUUUUCAGUCAGAGAGCUCGACCUCUGCGGGAUAUUAACGGAAAUUGUUAAUACUGAAAUAUUAUCUCAUGUCGGAUCUUCAACAACAAACAGAUGAUGUACCAGGAAAUUGUGAGAGCAGACUUUCGCUGGAGGAUGCUGGAGAUGACAGCGUCACAGAUGAGAAUGUAACAGAAUAUUGUCCAGAACAUUCGCCUCUACUUGCUUCUGGUAACAAAGAUCGGAAUGACGACUUGGGGUGUUGCUGGUGGAAAAUCAUAAGGAACUGUUUGUGUCCAUGGACCGUACCUCGUAAAAACUCACAGCCCACUGAGACCUCCAGCGUUUCAGAGGUAAAAGAUGAAAGCGGCGAUGACAAUCUGAGUGUCAACUCGUGCGUCCCUUGUAUGUAUUCGUAUGGGAUACCUGAGCCACCAGUGUACAUCCCUCCGGCACAACCCGAGGUGCCAAAUCCAGAGAUACCUCCCCAAAUGCCGCCCCAGGGGUGAUGACAAGGCUUGGCAAUACUUGUGACUCGUCAAGAUCGCUUCAUGUAUGUAGUUCCUCUAACAAAGGAGUACAUAAUUCACACAUAACGUAUUUUUGUACAAUAUUUUCUGUUGUUUCUCAAAUAAAGUCUGUUGUAAUGGAA